UUUUCUGUGCCGGUCUUUCCUUGAAUUGGAACUGGGAGGGGGAAUCCCUUGAUUUUGGGGUGUAUAAAUUAAACGAGAUGGUUGGUCCUAAAACAGCUUCCCGAAACGAAGACUGCAUCAGCGACUGCAAUGCCCUCUGCGCAGCGAUCCCGCGCUUUGCCUGUGCUGCUGCUGUUGCUGUCAGCCACCGCGUUACACGUGACAGGAGCGCCGUGUUCCAGCCCCGGCGGUGACACCUUAGAAAUCUCCGGAGACGAACUCCCCGACGCCCUCAAAACCUCUGCAUCCACAAAAUGGAAACCGCUGACCUAUCUGCUAAUUUGCGAGGUCAACAGCCUAUGCGACCAGUUCGUCGAAGAGUUUGGUGUACCAAAAGACAGCGUGUCCGAUUUUAAGCCUGACCAGCUGGAGCUGCCGCGGGACUGCUCUUCCCCAAACUUCAGCAAGGAGAACUACUUGUUGCGCAUCUCCAGGGGACUGGAGCGGCACAUGGUGUACUUGCAGUUCGUGGAGCGGGAGUGCUCAAAGCCCGGCAAAGUUUCUCACAUUAGGUUGCGAACGAAGGCGCUGGCUGAUCACGUCAUGGAGCUGAUGAACAAUUCAAAGCGCGCGCAGGGGUUGAACUCGGAAGUGCGCGACCAGCUGCUGAGCGACUUGAACGCAGCCACCGCGUGGCAGAAGAAAAUUACGGUGCCCGUGCUUCUGCGGGACUACCGGACCUUCUUGGAGAAUACCUUAAGAGCGUUGCGUUGCAUAGAGGAUCGCGCAAGGAAGAAGAAUGGGCCCAAUGCGUAAAUGUUUUUUUCAUUAGACCUCAAGAAUUUCUUGGUUUACAAGUCAAGUUUUUGUAAAAUAUGUCAUAUUUUAAGUAUUUACUAUGUGGAAUUAUUUAAAAUAUCGGUGUACCUGUAAUACAGAUCAAUGUACUGUCGUAUCAACUAAAAGGUAUCUAAAGUCUCAAAUUAUAACAACAUAUCAGAAGCAUUUUUAUACUAUACUUGGGAUUUUAAUCUUGAUGAGGAUGUUGUUUACUAUUUAUUAAUUUUAUUUAAAAAGGUGGAUUCCAUUAUUUAUGUAAAGUGUAAUUUAUUUGAGUAUUUAUUCUGGGACUGUAAAAUUGACAAUAGAUUCUGCUGUGUAAAAUGAACAAAACUUUCAGGGAAAUAAAUGAAGUGUAGAAGGUCAA